AUGCCCCUUGCCGCACACCAAGCAGCGCUUCUCCGACUCCGUCAACGCUUGUCAUCGCUGCUUCAUACACCACGGCUGUGGAAUACCCUUGUCGCAAUCUACGUGCUGGUCUUUCUAGUCGUUGCCAUCUCCCUGGUCUCCAGAAUGCAUUUCAAGAACUAUCUUUCCGCCUCGCUGUUGGCGCUGCCCGCCCUGAGCGCCGCCGCGGAUGCUUCGGACCCCUUCAAGGUCUACAACAUCACCGCCGAAAAUAUCACUGCCUCGUUCAUUGGCUAUGGCGCUCGCAUCGUGGCUCUGUACGUGCCAGACAGCAAUGGCACCGCCCAGGACGUCAUCGUCGGCUAUGACGAUCCCAAGACCUACUUGCACGACACCUUGACCAACCACACCUUCUUCGGUGCCUCUGUUGGUCGCUAUGCCAAUCGCAUCAAGAACGGCACCUUCUCCAUUGACGACCACACAUACCACGUUCCCACCAACGACAAUGGCGGCGCUGACACCUUGCACGGUGGCACCGUUGGCUACGACGCGCGAAACUGGACCGUUACCGCCUCGUCCAAGAGCAGCAUCACCUUUUCUCUGUUCGAUGCUGCUUUCGAAAAGUUCCCCGGCGAUGUCAUCAACUAUGUCACUUUCACCGUAGACGCCGACGUGACCCCCUUAAACCCCAAGGGUCUCCCCCAGUUGACCUCCCGCAUUGUCUCGCUGUCCCUGACCGAGAAGACCCCAAUCAUGCUCGCCAACCACAUCUACUGGAACUUGGAUGCCUUCCAGCAGCCCACCAUCUUGAACAACACUCUGCACAUGCCAUUAGCCACGCGCUACGUCGCUGGUGACAACAUCCUCGUGCCCAACGGCACCAUCAUCGAGGUCAGCGACACCCCCCACGGCACCAUCGACUACACUUCAGCCAAGCAGGUCGGCCAGGACUUCAACUACGCUAACGGAAUCUGCGGCUACAACUGCACCGGUGUUGAUACCUGCUUCAUCAACGACCGCCAGCCUUACUAUGCCGACAGCGGCCUCGUCCCCGCCAUCCACAUCUCUUCCCCGUCCACCGGCAUCACUCUCGACAUUGCCAGCAACCAGCCCGCCCAACAGGUUUACACCUGCAACGGCCAGAACGGCACCAUCCCUAUCAAAGCCUCGCAAAAGGCCCGCAACGAAGCUGCCGGCAAGGGCGGUGUUGACUAUGUUAACAAAUGGGGCUGCAUCGUCUUCGAGACUGAGGGAUGGAUUGAUGCCAUCAACCAGCCCGAGUGGGCUCAGCAGGCUAUCUACGAUACUUCUGACGCCCCCACGGUCAACCUGGCUACUUACCAGUUUGGUACUUUGUAA